UUCCGAAAUAGAUUGCUAGAAACAUGAACAAAAUUUAAUGCUGCUAUUUUGCUAAUUUGACAGAGCUGAGGGGGGAAAAAAUCCCCAGAAAUGGUAUGAAAGAAUUACUGAAAGUUUUCAAAACCUUUCUUUCGAUUAGAUUUUUCCCCCAAUCUUAAUCUAUAGCCCUAUAUAUUUUGAACUUAUAUUUAGAAGUGUGUCACCCCUAUGACGUCACAGAAAGUUCCUCCAAAACGUAAGGUGACAACACCAAUCCUAUAGAUAUAGUGAGACAACAUGGACGGAAAAGUUGUGUUGUGUUUGUUGGUUAUUUGUUUUACAGUUUUAGAAGCAAAUCGUCAUGGUUAUCAAUUUAAAAAGAAUAUGUGGAGGAAAGGGUUUAAAGAGGACAAAGAUUUAAAAUUCAAAUUGUUUACCAGAGGCACCUGUUUGGAGGGAUGUAAGAAAAGUGAAGUGUGUGUGAAAGAAAAGGGAUCAAAAAAGUCUGUGUGUCUGGCUAGACACAUUGUCAGAGACAGCCGAAGACUAUUGCGCAAAAGUCAACGAUUAGGAAAUAGAAGCCACCACCAAAGAAAUCGCUUCCAAGGAUUUCGUAAACACCAGAGAUAUGGCUUGGAGACUCGUCAAAAGAAUGCCAUGGAAUUUUCCAAGUUUCACGACAAAAGAAAUGUCAUCAGAAAGAAGCAUGACAGGACUGUCAAACCAAAAAAUUUUGUCAAGUUUUCCAAAGACAGAGACUUCUUGGAAAAAAUGGAAGGUGUUAAGGAAUUGAUGGAGAGGACACAUCAAAUGCCUAAUCACAGACAUGUAUGUGGCAAGAAGGACCUUGAAAAGAUGAGGGGUCGUCUCCAGGGUUGGUUUGUAACGCUUCACGAGCAAUAUCAUGAGGAAAAGAAUCAUCACAUCACAAAGAGAAGCCUGGGAGACCAGCAGGCUGAUGGAAAGUGUCACUGCAUCAAGUCUGUUAUGUGGCAGUUCCAUCAGAUGGACAAGAACAAGGACCAUCAUUUGGACAAAUUUGAGAUGUCGGAAAUGGAGAGCAACCACAAGGAGUCCUGUAUAAGGCCCUUCAUGGGGUCAUGUGACACGGACGGGGACUCUCUCAUCAGUAAGCAGGAGUGGUGUUGCUGUUUCCAUGCUGACGCGCCAUGUCAUGUCGCCCAGAAAGAGGCUCGGGAGGGAAGACUGUUGGGAGCGACCACGCCAAGAUGUACAGUGGAGGGCUACUUCAAGAGGAUGCAGUGCAAUGCUAGCACUGGCUUCUGUUGGUGCGCUGAUCUGAAUGGAAACGAGAUCAGAGGCACUCGACUGUCCAUGAGGAAGGGAGAGCCUCACUGUGGAAAGUUUGAUGCCCUUGGACGCGUGAAGAUGCUGAAGGAGAGGAAGAUGAAUUAGUUUUCAACUAAAUGACCGCUUCUUAGUAUUUGUUUCUAUUGCUCAGAAUUGUAAAACAAAAUUUUAAAACCUAAUUGUAAAUUGACCUAUGAGUAUUUAAUCAGAAUAAAUAUGCACAUUUUCAUGGGAAGGGUUACAUCAAAGACUGAUUGAUCAAAGAUUGAAAUAUAUUUUAUAUUUAUUUUAAAUAUUUUAACAUGAAGGGAUGAUUUUAUGAUCUUUUUACUGUGCAUUUUGAUAUAGUACCUUUAUAUCCCAAGUUUUUAAAAACAUUUUUGCAGACUUGCAUUUCUUAAGUUAGCCCACCUUUAUAGUCCAUGGUAUACAUGUUUGUAUAUCUCUGUGUAUUUUUGUGCUUUUUUACAGUGUAUUUUAAAUUAGAAUCAUUAUAAGAAUCUCGCCUAGCGCUGCCUUUAUCCAUAUUGUAGAAUUGUUCUCUCUUAUUUGUGUGUGUGUACUGUAGGAGUUAUGGUUGUGAAUAUACAUGGAUUCUGUAAAUGAUUGUGAUAAAAUGAAUUUUGGGAUGCAUCAAGAUUUUUUUUUGUAAUUUGUUAAUUUCCAGUGUGUAAAAAUUAGAAGAAGAAAAAAUUGUUGGAUAAUAUAGUAUUGGAAGAUUUUUAUGCUGUGUGUUAAAAAGCAUCAAUUCUGAUAGCCAUUAUUUAUGGAAUGAAACUAGUCCAUAUGUGGUUGUUUGUUGCAUAAUUAUACAGGUUGUGUAGUUCCUCUGGUUGUAUAAUUAUUAUAGUUGAGUGAUUAUAUUGGUUGUGUAAUACUGGUUGUGCUUUGAAAUUAGCAUAAAGGGUUUGGGUAUUCAAGAAUGAAAGUUAAAGGAUGACACAAAAUUAUUUGAAAUUUUGUUUGAAUUUUUUAUACUAAGUUUUCAGAAUUACUUUGUAAUGAAGAAUUCACAUGCAAGUGCCUUAGAUGUAUUCUUGUGAUAUACAAAUACACUCCCAAAAUAAGGACCAUUCCAAACUGUUAACACUAGUAUGGUACUGUUUACAAUAUUCUUACAGUUUAUUUUUGCUAUUUUACAUAUAUAACAUCAUGAUAUUAUACAGUAUUCAGUGGCAGUAAUAAUAAAGCACUGUAUAGUAGAAACUUUGUAAUAAAAUACAUAUUAUACCAUGUGAAUUCAGA